AUGGAUGGGUGUGAGACCCACUUAGUGAAUGCGGUGGAGAAUAUGGUGUUGGAAGCCGACCACCACCCAGCAGGUGCCAGAGCUCAACCCCAAAACCAAGACCAAACUGCGGUCCAGAACAGCAGUAAUCAUUCGCAGUUGUUGAACUAUAAGUUAUUAGAUGACAAUUUGUUGGACACAGCUCAAAACGCAGACCCACUUGAUAUUGAUGAGGCUACAGACACGAUAAAUAGCCUGCUUUCGGAAAGGACAAAGCCAAUACACAUUGGACGUGGAAGUGGUGGCCACAGUCAAACUCAAGGUCAGUCUCUACUUUCCAAGACGCGUCGAAAAUCGUCCAUUGUGUCCUCGUAUGAGGUGAAAAUUCAAGAUGACUAUGUUUCCACUAGCUUUGCAGAAAAUAACAAUGCAAGCCCAUUUGCAAAUGUUGGAGGCAGCUGCAACUACAAGCCGAAACUUUCCGAUUUUGAGCCUAUAAAAGUGUUGGGUAAAGGCAGCUAUGGCAAAGUACUUCUUGUCCGAGAUUUGAGAACUGGUAUUUUGUUUGCCCAAAAGCAACUCUUGAAAGCGUCAAUGAUCAUUAAUCGAAACGAGGAUGAUCAGGGCGAAUUUCCAGAAGAAAAUGGUCCAAAAAUUCACAACAAAAACUAUCAACGAACUUUGAAUGAAAAGCAAAUUUUGGGAACGGUCCAUCACCCCAACAUUGUUAAGUUGUACUACGCGUUUCAGGAUAAUAACAAGUUGUAUCUCAUAUUGGAGUAUUUGCAAGGUGGUGAGCUAUUUCAUCACUUGUCAAUGGAGAAAUUUAUGAGUGAGAAAAAUGCUGCCUACUAUUUGGCACAAUGCAGCUUGGCACUUCAUUACUUGCACACAAAGGUAAAGGUAAUAUACCGGGACUUGAAACCAGAGAAUUGCAUGCUCAAUGCGCAUGGUAAUCUAGUCUUGACUGAUUUCGGUCUUAGCAAGGUAGCAUCAGAUGAAGACAAAUUGAAUUCCAUAACGGGGACUGUGCAAUAUAUGGCCCCAGAAGUUAUAAUGGGAGAAGAGUAUGAUUACGGAGUCGAUUGGUGGAGUUUAGGCUGUGUGGCCUACGAUCUUUUGACAGGAGCUCCUCCUUUCACAGGGCUGGACCCUGAUAGAGUGUUGAAGAAAAUCAAAAACUUCAAAAAAACUUUGAAAUUCCCUUUCUAUUUGAGCAAUGAUGCAAAAGACUAUUUGAGGAAGAUGUUGCAAAUCGAUCCAACUAAACGAUUUGACGUGGAUGGUGAAUGGGAAAAGUAUAAAAAGCAUAAUUUUUUCAGGCAUAUUGAUUGGAAAUCAUUGGAAAAUCUUGAUCUGGAGGAAAGUGCCGCAAAUGCAGCGUUACCUCCAAUACUACCAAUAAUCACUGAUCCAGUUCUCGCUGAAAACUUUGAUGAUGAGUUUACGGAAAUGGCCUUUACGCCACAGCAGACCGCGCUGUUGCUACAAGAAACUUUUCACAUGAAGGACUUUUCCUACACUAAUCCCAAAUUCAUGGACAAACUUAGAAUGCAUGGUAAUUUAUAG